CUGGCAGAAGUUUUAUUUGUGUCUCUUUCCUCGCCAAGUGUGGGAUUAUGGUAGCCUUGGUGUCGGGCAUCAGCCCCGUGGAUCCGAUCGCCAGCUCCUGCCUGCUGUGCUCCGCCUGCCGCUUCUUGCUUAUCAAACCCAAGCAGACCGAGUGUGGCCACCGCUACUGUACCGCCUGCCUGGAGAACCUCUUCAGGACAGGAAAUGAAGCGGAUUGCUACAUUUGCCAAAAGAAGGUUCUUCGUUCCAAGGUGUACCUGGACAGGGCUGCGGAAAAUGAUGCCUAUGCCACCAAGAUCCACUGCAUGGCUCACCUGGGGGGCUGCGACUGGGUUGGAUCGCUGCGAGGUUACCUGCGUACACACCGAGCCCAGUGCGGUUUCCAUGUGCUCCCUUGUGCCAACGUGGCGUUCGGCUGCGAGGUUGUCGGCCCCAGGAAGGAGGUGUCAGUACACGAGAUCCAGGAGUGUGGGUGGCGGUUGGAACGUUGCCCCCGGUGCGAGACGUUCUGCGUCCACAAGCUGCUGGAGGAUCACCUGGCAAAGUGUGGGAACCAGGAGAACUGCCCUCUCUGUGGUGCGACUGACUUAACAAAGGCAGAGUUGGAACAACAUUGUGACCCCCUCCUUGGCAACUGUCCCAAGGCUAAGGUGGCCUGUCCCUUUAAGGAGGUCGGCUGUCUGGAACAGUUUCAGCGACAGGAUUUGGACGAUCACCUUCGAGCUGCCCAGCAGACGCACCUGCUCCAGCUGCUCUCCCUGGCGACCAGCCUGAGAGCCGGCAACGCAGACCGGCCCAAGGAGCCCCCGGAGAAGGCUGGCAGGGCACUGGGCGAGCCCUCGAAGGUCGCUGAGGGCGACGAGACCCCGGCUCUCGGGAGGGGGCCAGACCCAGGGCUGCUGGCUCUGGCGGGUCGAGCGGACGUCCUGGAGAGGUCGGUGAGCGGCCUGAACAAGGAGCUGGACCGCUACGCCCAGGUGAUCGAGACGCUGCAGCAGAAGUGCCUCCACUAUGAGCAGGUCAUCCACACCCUGCAGAAGAAGGCGCGGGCGUCGGAGACAGCCGGUACCUCUGGGAACCCCUCUCCCUCUGCCCCGCCGAUCAGCACCAACGGGGUCCUGGUGUGGAAGAUCAAGGACUUCUCCGCCCAGCUGGCAGCGGCCAAGGCGGGCCACAGACUCUCCUUCUACUCGCCGCUCUUCGCCAGCCACCCCUUCGGCUACCGCAUGUGCUGCCGGCUUUACCCCAACGGAGACGGCAAUGGCAAGGGCAGCCACAUCUCCCUUUUCCUGGCCCUGGUCAGGGGCGACUACGAUGAGGUCCUUCCCUGGCCCUUCCGCCAGAAGGUCACAUUCAUGCUGCUGGACCAGGCCGGCCAGAGGCACCUGAAGGAAUCCUUCUCACCCGACCCUCUGAGUGGCUCCUUCCAGAAGCCCAGGAGCCACAUGAACGUGGCCAGUGGUUGCCCCACUUUCGCCCUGCACGAGACCUUCCAGAGGGGUCCCGUCCAGUACCUGAGGAACGACACCAUUUACAUCAAAGUGGUGGUGGACCCCAUGGGACUGCAGAUGUGAGGGGUGUGUGGGGUGGAGGGGGGCGUUCCCCUGGUGAAGGCAGGUGGGAUUGACUGCCUCAGUGGAACCAACCCGUGAUGUCCUGUCCUGAGGGCAUUUGAUGGGACGGCUGUCCUGAGGGCAUUUGAUGGGACGGCUUGGAGGGAGCUUUGCUCUGUAUUUAACCUGCCGUCUCUCUCCUGGGUGUAGACAACGGGACAGUGUAGACGGAGCUUCACUCUGUGUCUAAUGUGCUGUUCCUGCCCUGGGAGUGUGUGCCGGGACAGUGUAGAGGGAGCUUCACUCUGUGUCUAAUGUGCUGUUCCUGCCCUGGGAGUGUGUGCCGGGACAGUGUAGAGGGAGCUUCACUCUGUAUCUAAUGUGCUGUGGCUGCCCUGGGAGUGUGUGCCGGGACAGUGUAGAGGGAGCUUCACUCUGUAUCUAAUGUGCUGUGGCUGCCCUGGGAGUGUGCAAUGGGACAUAGAAGGAGAUUUAACCUGUGACUAACCUGCGCUAUCCCUGGCCUAGAGAUGUGUAACGGGACAGUGCUGAGGGAGCUUUACUCUGCAUCUAAUGUGCUGUUCCUGCCCUGGGAGUGUGUGACGGGACAGUGUAGAAGGAGCCUUGCUCUGUAUCUAACCUUUGUUUUUAUCUAUCAGACUAUUUUGGAGAGCGUGGUGGCCAUAACAAAUCUCUGUAGCAGUUUAUUUAAAAAGAUUGGAGGUCAUGAACAGAACUUUAAUACCUGCCUGCAACUCGACAGUAUUACCUCAUCGUAGCACAAAGCACAUUUUUACUGAACUUUAUUAGUAAGCACCGUAGAGAAACUGCAGAACAAAGGCUGAGAAUCCACAGUGAUUGCUGUUGGUCUGGGAGUGUGUGACAGGACAGUGUAGAGGGAGAUUCACACUGUCUCUAACCUCUAUCACCCCUGCCUGGAAACGUUUGACGGGACGGUGUAGGAGGAACUUUAUUCUGUGACUAAUCCUUGCUAUCCCUGCCUUGGGAGUGUGUAAUGGGACAGUGUAGAGUGAUUUUUACUCUGUAUCUAAUCCGUGCUGGCCUUGUCUUGGAUGUGUAUAUUGUGACAGCGUAGAGAAUAUUUACACUGUAUCUUAUCCCAGCCCCGGGAGUGUGGGACAUUGCUGUACCUAAGCUAAGUUAUACCUGACCUGGGAGUGUGUGAUUGGCAGUACAGUAUCAACCCUAUGCUGUCUGUGCCCAGGGAGUUUUUGACAGGAGUGUCCCAAGGGAGCCUAACCGGUGUUGUCUGGACCAAGAAAAGAAGGAUAUAUAAUACAGGAUAAUCUCCCUUCGCACCACCCACUCCCCUCCCACCCCUGCCCCGCAGGAGGAGUGAGGCAAGGGGAUGGUUAAUGCUCAGUGUUUCUCUGUCUCGCUCUCUCUCUGUCUCGCUCUCUCACUCUCCUUAUAGACUCUUGAGUGGCCUGUCCUCCAGGAGAGAGGUGAUUCUGGGACUCUGUGUUUACUGCACUUUAAUCCUAAUUAAAUCAAGUUCUAUUUAUUUAUUUAUUGAUGUGACUAAUUUAUUGACUCUUGUAAUAUUGCAAAUGCCGUGCUGAUUGUCAAUAAAAGUUCAAGAACGUGCUG